AUGUCUCCAAUUGUUUCUGUCGUUGAACAGGCUAUGCUUAGCUUCUGUUACGAGAUUUGGUAUAAUAAUAUCAAAUGUAACAUUGACGAAAGCCGCGUUAGCGUAGUGGUAGCGCGUCGCACUUGUAGCCUUACUUAUGUGAGAAGCUUUGACAUGCGAAGGUCACUCGUUCAACCCGGCGCCGACAUUCUCACUCAUUCUCGUAGCAAGGCUGCCAGCAAGAGCUACUUCAAAUCAUGGUAUUUCAAGGGUUAUCACAGCCACGAAACGAGCCUAUCGACGUCUUCUUUCUAUAGCCCGCAGGACCUCGCAAGCCUUUCUCAUAUACACAUCUUCUUUUACUCCGUCAGUGCGAAAUAUAGUCCUCCCGACAAUCAGCUCACAUCGCGCCAUCUUGUACCUGAUGAUGGGGAUUUCGGAGACAGGAACAGAUCACGCAGUGCGCUUGCUUUCAUUUCCAUGCUGCCAACCGAGCUGCUGGCUCAGAUCUUCUCGGAGUAUGUCUCACAAUUCCAUCCUGAAGACUAUGUAUACUACCCUGGAGGAUUUCGCCUCGAGCCCACGCUGCAAGGCCCUGGAUACUACGCCUGGAUUGUCAUAAUGCAUGUCUGUUCUCAGUGGCGUACCGUGGCGAUUGAGGAGCCGACAUUGUGGGGCCGCAUUCGCAACGGAUCGAAGCCACGUCGGAAUGCAUCGGAACGAUGCUCAAAUGAUCAAAAUGGGCAAUGCUCGAUCGACAUGUGUUUUGAGCAGCUGCAUAUUACCUCGGUGCUUGCAGAGCUGCGACGGAUCAAGAGACUGCGCAUUCACGGAGAUGCAGGGCACUUGAUGAACGUGGUGUGCGCAGCAUCUUCGCAACUCAUUUUGCGUGAAGCCCCGAACUUGCGAACUCUUCAAAUCGACAGUCCCUUUCGGGAACGUCAUAUAGAACGAUCCAACUUGCUCCGUGAUCCACUUCAUCUCGCCGGAGAAUGGGUACGCAACCUACAGAGCAUCGAGGUAUCAUCGGCCGAGAGCUUUCCUUGGGGUCUUCCAGUACCAUUCUCUGGACUAAGGCACCUGAAGUUGGGUCCAGAUGCUUGGUGUCAAUCCACUCGAGAAGACGUGCUGCGUGCGUUAGAGCAGUUUCCGUUACUGGAGACGCUCAGCCUGAGGCUAGUACACGGCCGAUGGGAUGAGAUGUCAUCGACAGUAUCUGCAUCUCAACAAUCACCCAAUGUGCCCCUGCGCAAGCUUCGAUCAAUCCUGCUCAUCGGUACUGACGAAUGCUGCAUUGACAUCCUGGACCAUCUUUUGAUUCCUCCGCCAGGCCAUCAUCUCAGUCAAGUUCUCCAGCAAUCCAGAAACAACCUUAGACCGCUGGAUAAGGAGUAUCUCUACGAAGCUCGAAGGCAUCAUGCUACCGAUAUCGAUGGUCGUUUCUGGAGAAACACGGAAGUCAGUUCGCAUCUUAGUCCCGAUAAAGUGCACUACAACCUCGACAUGACGUCUAAAGGAUUUAAUAUGCAUAUGUGGAAGACAUUCUGGUCCUCUCCGUUGGUCUUACAAGUCAAGAUACUCGAUCUAUCAAACCUUCAUCGCUCUCUGUUCUACUUUGGCAGCUUCCAUUAUAUGGGGGACGUCGAGACCCUCCGGUUGCACUGCUUUGAUAAUAAACUCGUGCAAGCAUUAUUAGGCCAAACAGAAGGCACCACCCCUGAAGGAUUUAUCUUUCCUCGGCUUCGUAUCCUCAUGAUGGACAGGGUGCGCUUUGGAGACCAGACAGUCUACGAGUCACAGACGUCGAGCGAGGCUCUGCGCGCCGUAGCAGACUGCUUGAUCCAGCGUCACCAAAACAACAUAGCGAUCACUCACCUUAUUCUUACAAACUGCGUCAACUUGGACGAACAUGCGGUGGCGAUAUUCAGGGAGCUCGUACCGAGGGUAUCUUGGGAUGGCAAUGUCAACUUGGAUGAUGAAGAAUUCGACGAAUUGCCAAGAACGCCAAGUGAUCGACGGAACAGGCGAUCUCAUGGGAACGACCAUGACGAGAUCCGAGUGUGGGGAAUCCGAGUACUUGUGUAG